AUGCCACCCCAAUGCUCUGAUCGGAAAAAAAAGCUCGUCGAACAGGAGGGUCGUCUUUUAUUAGCUAUACAAGCUAUAAAAGAUGGUAAAUAUGUCUCUGCUGCUGCUGCUGCGCGGUCUUUUCAACUACCAGUCUCAACUUUGAAGGCCCGGCUAAAUGGACGUCAAUCAUGUGCCGAACAGCGACAUAGUCGCCAUAUUUUCUCUGAAAUUGAAGAAGAAUCAAUAGAGAAUUGGCUAUUAAGCUUGGAUUCAAGAGGUGCAGCUCUUAAUCUCUCUAUGCUGCGAGAUAUGGCCAAUAUUCUACUCCGUGCGCAGAAAAAUAUACCCUCUACUACCACCCUACCUAGUGUUGGUAAAAACUGGCCUACAGAGUUUAUUAAACGACGCCCAAAUCUCUCUAGUCGAUUCUCACGACGAUGUAACUAUAAGAGUGCGCUUUCAGAAGAUCCUCGAAUUAUUAAACCAUGGUUUGAUUUGGUUCAAAGAACAAUCGAAAAAUGGGGUAUUGUUUCGGACGAUAUCUUUAACUUUGAUGAGAGUGGUUUUGCUAUGGGAAUUGGUUCAACACAAAAGGUUAUUUCUUCGGCAGAAUACCAUAGUAAAAGACACCUUUUACAAGCUGGAAAUCGUGAAUGGGUCACUAUGAUUGAAUGUAUUCGAGCUUCUGGAAGUGUUUUGCCUCCACUUUUCAUUUUCAAAGGAAAAAAUAUUUACGCCCUUGUCUUCUUCAAAACCAAAAAGGAUCUCGUUUAA